CAAUAACAAAUUCCGGGUACGUAUGAUGUCCUGUCUAUAAAUACACAAGUAUUUAGCUCUUCAUACUCAUUCAGAAAUAAAAGUGUAAAGCUCUUCCUUGCAGUGCAACAGGAACUAUUAAGCUUUUCAUAUUUCUGAAUUUGAGAUCGGGUUGAGGUUGAGGUUUGGGAAACAUGUCAGAGAUUGAAAUCCAAGCGCAGAGUGUAGAGAACCCAGAAGCUGAUUAUGAGAAGCUGGUAUUGGAGUUAGAUAGUAAGGCGGAAGUGGUGUUGUCAACAACCACCGCAAACUUCGGCAAAAGCCCACGAUUACAUAUAAUUGACACACAUUUCUGGUCUGGCCGUGCCAUUUCAGGCUUCCCUGCUCUUCAUAAGCAUUUCUAUGCCGUUCCUAAGCAGCAAGGCACCCUUCCUCAAGGCAUCAAAUGGGGCCUCGUCUAUGCUGAUGGCGAUGAAACUACUGCUCGUAAGUGGGUUGCAGCUUUUGAUACCACUGCCGGCAAGGCUUAUGCUGAAGCUGGACCAAUAGGUCCAGUCGACUGGAAUGUUGUUGAAGUUAAGUUGGAUGCAUCAGAAAGCAAAAGCAUUUAUACUGACCCAAUUAUGGGAGGCAUCACCACAGCUGAGAUUAAUGGUCUUACCGCAAAAGCAAUUUUCAGUGGAUGAUUAACUUGCUAAUUAAGAUCAUUACUACUACAACUAUGUAUGCGCUAUGCAACAAUAAUAACGAUCCUUGUGUUCUCUAUUUACCAAACUUGCUUUCAAAUAAUUUAAGGUGUGAUGUUUCCGUUUGUUUUAUUGCUGAAAAUGUUUUAGUUUGUCAUUUGGCAGAAAUCGUUGAAUAUUAAUAAAAUGUGUUUUUCUUUAAUUA